AUGAAAAUCGUACCUAAAGAUAUAGAUUUUAAUGAUGAAAUCUUGAAUGAAUUGCCUAAAGAUUUCACGAUAAUUUCUAAAAGCGCGAGAUAUUUAGUUCAUACAUUUAGACUAAUAGGCUUUUCUCCAAUGGUUAGAAGAUUAUUGGUUUGUGAUCCUUGCAAACGAAGCUUAACAAUACCAUUUCCAGAUGAGAAUAAUGCUUUAGAUAUAGUUUGUCAAUUUAUUCAAGGCAAAGACGUAGAUAUCGCAGCAAACCAUCUUAUUAUGCUUUCGCAAUAUGCAUCUUAUUUUGAAAACAUCGACCUUGUACAUAUGGUAGCAUAUCAAUUCAAAAAGAAUAAUUUUUUACCAAAAAGCAUAGAAAAUUACGAUUAUGAUUCUUCGUUUUUAUCACUGGUAGCACCAUUAAACCAAAUCAAAGAAUCGUUCGUGAUCUACAUGAAUUCCCAGUUUAUAUUCAAUAUGCCUGUAUAUAUUUUAGAUGAAAUUUUAUCAUGUUUGCUAGUACAAAAGCAAAUUGAUAACAAACGAUUUUUCGAAUGCAUAUACAAUAUAGUAGAGAAGAAUAUUCAAGUAAAUCCGGCUUAUUGUUCCUUAUUUUGUCAUUUGAAUUUUCUUGAGCUCAAAACCGAAGAACUGAAUCAAUUUGUAUCAAUAUGUCAUCCAGAUGCAAUUAGCGGUCCAUUAUGGAGGGCUGUUUCCCAAAGAUUUCGUAAAAGAGUUCAAAGGCCAAAUGAAGAAAAUUUCCCUUACAGAGGCAAUCCAUUCUUUGGAAUCUUCAACUAUUUCAUACAAAACUACCCAGAUCAAGUCGGAAAUGGAACAAUAAUUUUAGAUUGCGGCGGAAACAAGCAAUGGGCGUUACCUCAUCUUUUCGAGCCUUUUGAUCAUUCCAAGUGGUGGGAAAACGCUUCUCCACUCAAUGGAAUUUAUAGACAAUCAGAUGCUUGGGUUUAUAUCGGCUUCCCAUCGAUGAAGCUUAGACUGACACACUAUACCAUUUCCCAUAGCUUGAAUUCCGCAAAUUCCGCUCAGCCAAAACAUUGGAUUGUUUACGGCGCAGAUGAAAAAGAAAACUGGGUUAAGAUACACGAAGUUACUAACGCUCAAGAACUGAAUGUUCCAAGGGGAACUCAUACUUAUACUAUUAAUAAUUCUACGGAUUAUUAUUCUAGAUUUAAGAUACAGCAAAUUGAGAACUUUUCAAAGAAGGAACAUUUACGCAGUAAAUUCGUCCUUUCUGCUAUAGAAUUUUUCGGUAAUUUAAUCCAUUUGAAAUAG